GUGUGCGCCUGUUUCCCGCCGGAGUUCGUCGGCUUUUCGGGCCACCCAGGUCAGGCCCUAUGGCCCAGACCCCCGACGGCAUAUCCUGUGAGCUGAGAGGCCAGAUCACCAGGUUUCUGUGGCCCAAAGAAGUGGAGCUGCUGCUGCAAGCCUGGCUUCCCGAGCAGGAGGGUGCUGAGAGAAGACACAUCCUGGCACUGCUACGAUGGAGGGCUUACCUGCUGCACACCUGCCUUCCCCUAAGAGUGGACUGCACAUUCAGCUACCUGGAGGUCCAGGCCAUGGCCCUGCAGGAGACACCCCCUCAGGUCACCUUUGAGCUGGAGUCACUGCCUAAGUUGGUUCUGGAGUUUUCUGGGGUGGCUGCCCUGGAACAGCUGGCCCAGCACAUCACUGCCGCCAUCAAAAGGGUCUUCCCUCGCUCCGCCCUUGGGAAGCUAUUCCGGAGUCCUACACCCCCCUCAAUGCUAGCUCAACUGGAGAAAAACAGCCCCACAGAGGUCACCACAGCUGGCAGACCCUGUGGUGGCUUCUUGGAGACCUACGAGGCUCUGUGUGACUACAAUGGCUUCCCCUUCCGAGAGGAGAUUGAGUGGGAUGUGGACACUGUCUACCAUCGUCAGAACUGCCGCCAUUUCAGCCUGGGAGACUUUAGCCACCUCUGCAGUCGGGACCUGGCCUUGAGUGUGGCUGCCCUGUCCUACAACCUGUGGUUCCGGUGCCUCUCCUGUGUUGACAUGAAGCUGAGCCUUGAGGUCUCGGAGCAGAUUCUGCACAUGAUGAGUCAGUCAUCGCACCUGGAAGAGCUGGUGCUGGAGACCUGUGGCCUGAGAGGAGACUUUGUCCGACGGUUGGCCCAGGCGCUGGCAGGAAACUUGAGCUCUGGGCUGCAGGAACUCAGUCUGGCAGGGAAUCUGCUGGAUGAUCGAGGUGUGGCUGCACUUAGCAGACACCUAGAACAGCGUUCAAAAGCCCUGAGAAAGCUCAACCUAGCACAGACAGGGUUGACGCCUCGAGGGAUGAGGGCCCUUGGUCGGGCACUGGCCACCAAUGUGGCCUUUGACUGUACUCUGACCCACCUGGACCUGUCUGCAAACCCAGGAGCACUGGGGCCUUCAGAAGACAAUGGGGGCCUCUAUAGUUUCCUGAGCCGUCCUAACGUUCUGUCAUUCCUGAAUCUAGCAGCCACUGAUACAGCCCUGGACACUGUGAGAGGGCACUUGGUGGGGCGACGGGCCGGGGGCGGGGUGUGUGCUCAUUCCUCUGGCGGCUUCACCCUCUGCCUGCAGCUCUUUGCGGCGCUGUCCCUCGGUUGCUGCGCCAGCCUCACCCACCUUGAUGCUUCAAAGGCCGUCUUCUCCCGCACGAAGUCCAGAACUGCACCAGCUGCAGUGCAGCUCUUCCUCAGUCGUGCAGGGGCACUGCGGCACCUGGGCCUGGCAGGCUGUAAGUUGUCACCUAAUGCUGUCAGGGCCCUGUUAGAAGGCCUCGCCUUCAACACGCACAUAGGUGAUCUGCACCUGGACCUCAGCGCAUGUGAGCUUCGCUCUGCGGGUGCUCAAGUGAUCCAAGACUUGGUGUGUGAUGCAGGUGCCUUGAGUUCCCUGGAUCUCGGGGAUAAUGGUUUCGGUUCAGACAUGGUGACUCUGGUGCUAGCCAUUGGAAGGAGCCGGUCCCUGCGACAUGUGGCGCUUGGAAGAAACUUCAACGUCCGCUGCAAGGAGACCCUGGACGACGUCCUGCACCGGAUUGUCCAGCUCAUGCAGGAUGACGACUGUCCCCUGCAGUCUCUGUCUGUGGCUGAGUCGCGGCUGAAGCUGGGGGCCAACGUUCUGCUCCGGGCCUUAGGCACCAACCCUAACCUGACUGCACUGGACAUCAGCGGCAAUGCCAUGGGUGACGCCGGCGCCAAGAUGCUAGCCAAGGCGCUGCGGGUCAACACCCAGCUCCGGUCUGUGGUCUGGGACCGGAACCACACGUCUGCGCUGGGCCUGCUGGACGUGGCGCAGGCCCUGGAGCAGAACCGCAGCCUGAAGGCCAUGCCUCUGCCACUACAUGACGUGGCCCAGGCACAGCGCAGCCGCCCAGAACUGACAGCACGUGCAGUGCAUCAGAUCCAAGCCUGUCUCCUGAGGAAUAACCGCGCAGAGCCCGUUUCUUCUAACCGUGCCUCGCGUCUGCAGCCACUGGGUCUGGUUUCAAACCCCUCGGAGCAGGAAGUGAACAAACUAUGUAAGUCGAUGCAGGAAGUGGUGGAACUGCUGGGCUGUGAGUCUGGACCCCAGGGUGAAGCUGCUGUGCGCCAGGCUGAGGAUGCCAUCUGCAAUGCCAACUUCUCUCUCAGUGUUCUCCCCAUUCUGUAUGAGGCUGGGAGUUCACCAAGUCAUCACUGGCAGCUGCAACAAAAGCUGGAGGUCCUGCUGGGACAGGUGGGCGAGGUUUGCCGCCAGGACAUCCAGGACUUUACUCAGGCCACACUGGACACAAUGAGGAACCUCUACCCUCAGAUGCUGCAGGAACCUGGCUGGAGGGAACAGCUCGAAGGGCUUCUGGCAGGUUCAAGAGGCCUCCCGGAGCUGCUCCCAGAGCAGCUACUGCAAGAUGCCUUCACUAGGCUCCGAGACAUUCAGCUGUCAGUCACAGGGACCUUGUCAGAGAGCAUUGUAACUCAAGCUGUGGUGGGUCUGAGGGCAGCCCAAGAUCGACUGGUAGAGAGUCUGGCACAGCAGGCAACAGUGGCAGUGCCCUCCACCUUAUCAGCACUGCAUCAGGGCCAGCGCAGCCCCCUUGGAUCUGGGGAGCUGGAAGGCCUUUUCUCCCCUGAAGAGGAGGAGGAGGAGGAAGAGGAGAGGGAUGUAAGUCCUCCUCCAUGGAAAUGGCCUGAACCAAGUCAUUGUCUUCACCUGGUCCUCUCCACUCUCAGUACUGCUGAGGAAGCGGAGCCGGAGCUCGAGCUGGCGGCUCCAGGGGAAGAUGCGGAGCCGCAGGCUGGGCCAUCUGCGCGCGGCUCUCCGAGCCCGGCCGCCCCGGGUCCCCCUGCCGGCCCGCUGCCUCGCAUGGACCUGCCACCCGCCGGGCAGCCCCUGCGCCAUCCGACCCGGGCCCGGCCGCGUCCCCGCCGCCAGCACCACCAUCGUCCGCCACCGGGGGGCCCCCAGGUACCUCCAGCCCUGCCGCAGGAAGGGAAUGGGCUCAGUGCCCGAGUGGACGAGGGCGUGGAGGAAUUCUUCUCCAAAAGGCUGAUCCAUCAGGAUCGCCUCUGGGCCCCUGAGGAGGACCUGACCACUGAAGGAGGUACCACCCCUGUCCCCCGCACACUGCGAAAGAAGCUGGGAACCCUUUUUGCCUUCAAGAAGCCUCGUUCAGCACGAGGGCCACGGCCUGACCUAGAGACCAGCCCUGGGGCAGUUCCCCGAAGCCGGAAAGCCACCUUUGGGGACCUGCUGCGGCCACCAACCCGCCCAGGCCAUGGUGAGGAGCCUAGUGGGGCCGAGGGGGGCACCAGCAGCCCUGACACUGCUCGCAGGAGCCGGCCACGCUACACACGGGACAGCAAGGCCUACUCGAUGAUACUGUUGCCAACCGAGGAGGAGGCAGCGCUGGGUGUCAGACCUGACAAGCGGCGGCCCCUGGAACGGGGAGACACAGAACUGGCCCCAUCCUUUGAACAGAGGGUACAAGUGAUGCUGCAGAGAAUUGGCGUGAGCCGAGGCAGUGGGGGUGUUGAAGACAAGAGGAAGCAAAGCAAAGAUGGAGAGAUCAAGAAGGCUGGCUCAGAUGGUGACAUAAUGGACAGCUCCACAGAGACCCCUCCCAUCUCAAUCAAGUCAAGGACCCACUCUGUGUCUGCCGACCCCUCAUGUAGACCUGGCCCAGGGGGCCAGGGUCCUGAACCCGCAACCUGGAAGACUCUAGGACAGCAGCUGAAUGCAGAGCUGAGGGGUCGUGGUUGGGGCCAACAAGAUGGCCCAGGCCCCCCUUCCCCAUGUCCCAGCCCAAGCCCCCGAAGAGCCAGCCCCUCCCCGGACAGCCUGGGUGUCCCAGAGGAUCCUUGCUUGGGACCCAGGAAUGAAGAUGGCCAGCUGAGGCCACGGCCUCUCUCAGCGGGGCGACGAGCAGUGUCUGUGCAUGAGGAGCAGCUCCAGGCCCCUGCUGAGCGGCCCCUACGGCUGCAGCGCUCCCCUGUCCUCAAGCGCAGGCCAAAGCUCGAGGUGCCCCUGUCACCAAGCCUAGGACCUGGACCUCAGCCUCUGUCCCAACACCCCAUAGAUCCUUCCAAACCUGAGCAGAACCUGUCCUCCCCAGCCACAGACCAAAGAGGCGGCGGUCCCAACCCCUGA